AUGGCUCCAGAACCCCAACUUCCCACAGGAGUGUAUCCCUCUCAUCGGGCUCCGGUGAAGCCCUUGGUGCUUUUUGCCCAUUCCUACAAAACCGAUCAGAACGAACGCUUCAGAUUAUUGUUAAUCGAUUUUAGAAAAUAUACCGCAAGCGAGGAUGUGAACUAUAGUGCUCAUUCGUCUCGAUCGAGUUUUCGAUCCGAGUCGAUGACAUCACGAAGUGACCAACGAGGACGUUCUGUGAGCUCGGAAAUCAUCACGGGCUCGGAUACUCGUUCGUAUCCUGUUUACAUCGCAAUCCAAGACUAUCAACCAGAAGCUACUGAUGUCGAAGGUAUUCCCCUUGAACAGGGCCAGAUUGUCGAAGUUCUAGACAAGAAGAAUCCAGCCAGUUGGCUAGUGCGAACUAAGGCACGACCACCCAAAUCAGGAUGGAUCCCUGGAUCGUACUUCGAGACUCCGACAGAAUACUACAAACAACGCAGAAGAACUCGUGAACUUGAAUCCACAUCGACAACAAUGACUGAAGAUCAAGAAGCACUUCUCAAGCGAGAGUAA